AUGGCAGAAAACAUCACAAAGCAUUUCACAGCUACAGACAACAACACGAAUGCCAAGAACGAGUUGGAGAAAUCACUCGAUCAAUUUUUUCUCAUCAUUAUGGGAAUAAUUGUGUUGAUGAUGCAAUGUGGAUUCGCCUUUCUGGAAGCCGGUAGCGUCAGAAGCAAAAACACCACCAAUCUUCUAAUGAAGAACAUGCUAGACUCGUUUGUUGCUGGGAUUGCUUACUGGACACUAGGUUUCGCUUUCGCCCAUGGUGAGGGAAACAGUUUCAUGGGCUGGGAGUACUUUGCCUCGUCCAGUCUCCCCAAUUCCAGAUUGGCUUUCUUUUUCUUCCACUACGUCUUCGCGGCUACGGCUGCUACUAUUGUAUCUGGAGCUCUAGCCGAACGCUGCGAAAUGCUGGCUUACUUCGUUUACAGUUUUGUCAUCACAGCAUUCGUUUAUCCGGUUGUUACCCACUGGGUAUGGCAUCCUGACGGAUGGCUGCGGGCGGGAUUAACCUUCGAGGUCAACAACAUGACAUUGAACAUCAGCUUUCAUGAUUUUUCUGGAGGUUGCGCCAUCCAUUGUCUUGGUGGAACCGCUGCCUUUUUUGGUGCUUUGUUUCUUGGUCCUCGCAUUGGAAGAUUCCAUGAAGAAAGUAAAACAGUCCUUCAGGUUCGGGGACACUCCUUACCGUUUACAGCUCUAGGUGGCUUUAUCCUGCUGUUUGGGUUCUUGGCCUUCAAUGCUGGGUCUCAGAGCAGUCUCUCCAAGCCGGGGGAUGGAACAGCAAUGAGCGUCAUAGUAGUCAACACAGUCAUCGCUGGAAGCACGUCCGGUUUUGUUACACUUCUUGUACACAGAAUAGGUAUUCUUGGCCGUACCUGGAGUUUGCUAAGCACAAUGAAUGGAGCACUGUCUGGUAUGGUUGCGGUGUGUUCAGGGUGUAACGUCUACAGACCGUGGGCGGCGCCAAUUGUUGGUGCAUUUGCAGGAGUGUCGUUCAACCUCAUUUCGUGGCUUAUGUGCAGAUUUAAGAUUGAUGACCCGGUCGACGCUGUGGCUGUUCAUUUUGGUGGUGGUGUUUGGGGAGUGCUGGCUGUUGCUUUCCUCAAAUACGAGUCUGGAAUAUUGAUGAGCUGGAACAUGUUGUCUGCACUUUUGCUGGCGUGGCAGUUAGUGGGCCUGAUAUCAAUUGUGGCUUGGACGGCGGCGAUGAGUUCUUUGGUCUUUGGAACACUGAAACUAACGGGCACCUUCAGAGUGUCCGCUGACAUGGAGAUAAAAGGUCUGGACAUACCAAAACAUGGCGAACCUGCCUAUCCGCUGGAAUCCUACGGGCAUGGCUAUACGGAGAACAUCACUACCGUCAUGGAUGAUGGCCAGUUGUCUUCCACACACAUAGGUAACCAAAACGGAACAGUGCCUGACGGCAAAGAUGUUGGUCCUUAUGAAAGUCCUGAAGUCAAAGUCAUGAAUAAUCAUGCAGAUCAUCAUCGGGACGCGAUGACGGCGGAGACGACAGUCGUUCUUUAUUCUUUCAGUAAAGACCAGCAGACAGGUGGUCAAGUGAACUCUGCCCUCGUGGAUUAUGACGAAAGCACAGCAUUGUAA